UUACAAUAUGAUCCUGUUUGUUUUUGCUUGAGUACCUAGUUUCUAAAAAAUAAUAUGAAGGAAAAUACAAAUUUGUUGAAACUUAUAUAGAUAUAAACUACUACGAAGAAUCAAGUAUUUAUUAGACGCUUUAUUACUGUCGUUUUACAAGAAAGUAAUAGUUUCAAUAAUCCUUCCACCGAUAGAAUCGUCAGUUUCUAAUUAUCUACCGUUAAGUACUGUUACAUAUAUGAAUGUGGGAAUUUUUAACAGAGUUAAUAGUAAGAAUAAGGAGAGUGACGGCAUGUACUCGGAAUGGAGUUCAUUGCCCCUGGAGGGGGGAGGGUGUGGGGUCCUUGGUGCUGUCGGUGGUCGGGAUGUAGUGCUGGCUGUUGUGAGGCAGCUUGCUUCACACCAACCUAGCCCUUUGAACACUGAUGCUGAGGUGGAAUGGGUGCUGGAAGUAAUCCGCUACGGCCUUUCCCUCCCCCUCUCGGAACACGAAGCGGUGCGUGACUGUGUCCGUGUUUGCUGCUCCUGGCUCUCAGCGCUAUUACCACCCGCUGCGCCCGCGCAACCGCCCCCUCCGGCGGUACCGGCCCCGCUCGCAGCCGCACCUGAACGAUAUGCUACACGGAUAUUGAGUCACCUGCAUAACCUAUUCGUGCCUAGACAUAAUGAGACGCUCGCAUUUAUCUAUCAAACGGAUUUGGGUGCUGAUCUAAUAAGCAAGCAAGCGGUGCUAUGCCACCGCGUGCUCCGAUUGGCCCGCUCUCUGGCGGACAGCGCCGCAUUGGGCCCGCGUGAGUGGCGUGCUCUACUGCUGCUACUAUUGGCUGCUGCGGCCGCGCUACUAGCGCCGCCGGCGCCCGUACACGGUGCGGCGGAGCAACUGUGUGAAAGAGUUCUUUGUGUGCUGUUCGAAGUUUGGAUAUUGGCUUGUCACAGAUGUUUCCCAUCGCCACCGCUGUGGCGCACGUUGCGCGAACACUGCAUCAGCUGGCGGCACCGCGCCCCACUCACCGAGCAAUGGACGCGCGUCUCGCUGUGCCUAACUGCUCGACUGCUCAAACAUAUGUACGGCCCGCUGUUCCCUGUUAUGCCUAUCAGUGAGGAGGACGCGUCGCUGGUGCCGGCGGACAUGAGCGCGGAGAGCGUGAUGCAGAGCUGGUACCGCGUGCUGCACACCAUCGGCAACCCCGUGGACCUGUGCCGCCCGCACCUCAUCAGCCACACGCCGCACUUCCUGCAGCACGCAAUGCGCUGGGAGGACGGCAGCCAACAGGCGUGUCUGAACGCCCUUCCGGCUAUCUUCCACCGCGCCAUGCUGGGCUUGGCCGCGCACGUCGACGCCUUCCUUGGGCGCGGGCCGGAGCGCUGGUGGGAGGGCGUGGGGGCGGCGGGGGGCGCGGGGGCGGAGCCCGAGCGGGACGAGGGCGAGACGACGCCGCCCGCGCACCGCCGCCUCGCCAAGUCGUUCAGCACCAGCCGACCCAGGGACAAGAUGCCGGAGAAAAGUACUCCUCGUACGUCGCUUAUAGGAUUAACCAGCAGUCGACCAUCUAGUGUGGUUCCUAGCACACCGCCAAAUUCCAUCUCUUCGCAAGUGGGGGAAACAGAAAAGCCGCCACUGACGCCGCUACGACCGAAGGUGAACUCGAUAUUGCAUCUGUUCGGUGAGUGGCUGUUUGAAGCCGCUUUGAUUGGGACCACGCCCACAAAUACAACGCAACAGAGAAUGGAAGGGACUCCGCCGCCUCCAUCGCUUUCGGACGCCACGCAAAAGCUUAAUAUGCUCAGUUAUCAGCCAGGGCGGGCGGUCGCGCUGGGCACGCUGUGCCGCGUGCUGUGCUCGAAGCAGUGCCGCGAGGAGGUGCUGGCGCCGUACCGCGCGCGCGCCUACGCGGCGCUGCAGCGCGGCCUGCGCGACCCCGCCACCGCCGCCGCCGUCGUGCUCGACGCCGCCGACAUAUUCCGAUUAGAUCUCGACGGUGUGCUGGUUUUAGUCCCAGAUUUCAUUACGGCCCUGGAUCGCAUCCUGUCUGAGCGAGAACCGAAGUUAGAAUGCGGUUCUAUAGACAAGCGGGAACUUCGCAAGGCCGCCAUUAGUCUUCUGUUGUCUUUGGUUGCGUUCCCUUACCACUACAGGGGCUUACCAGUACCAGAGUUUCCUGGAUGUAACGAGUACGCGGGCAUGACGCUCGGCGAGUACGCGCGCGGCAAGCUGUCGCUCAUAUGCGUGUCCGCCGUGCAAGUGGAGACGGUGGACGCGCUCGCCGUGCCGCUGCUCAGCGCGCUCUACCUGUGCGUGCGCCACAACGCGCACGCGCACGCGCACGCGCACGCCCCGCCGCCCUCGCGCGCGCACAGCAACGAGUACAAGGCCCGGUCAGACAGCAGCAGCGGGCCGGCGAGCGCCGAGAGCGUUCAGGACGACUUCGCCGCGGAUGUUAGGGAGCUAGAUCCAUCAUCGCCUGUUUUCGGUGCAGCAUUAGUAGUCCGUGCGACUUAUCUGGUUUGCCAUCGACUGAUCUCAUCUUGGAAGGGAGACCUACAAGUAUCUCUUGCUGCGUUGGAACUGCUCUCUGGCCUUGCGAAAUUACAUUCUUGUAAGCCUGAAAUAAUAAUAGACGCGCUGGAGCGCAAGCGCGCCGUGCGCUGGAUCUGCGACUACAUCUCGGUGCAGUGCGGGCGGCCGCCGCAGGCGCACUCGCGCGACCUGCACUCGUGCGUGGUGGCCGCGUACGCGUGCCUCGCCGCGUGGCUGUGCGAGCCGCUGCUGGCCGACCCCGACUGCCUCGCCGCGCUCAUGGAGGUCGUCGAGCUGGGCAUCUCGGGCUCCAAGAGUCAGGGGAAACCUGGAGAGCCCACGAAAAUGAAAGACGAAAAAGAAUUAAAGCCUGUCUCCAUGAGAGUGCGCGACGCUGCCGAAGCUCUGCUAAUGCUGAUUCUUGAACAGACCGGCACCGGCAUGGGCACGUGGUGCCGGCUGGACGAGCGCUGGCUGGCGGCGCUCGGGCACGGCAAGCUGCGCCACUUCGUGGCCGACGGCAGCACCCUGCUGUCGCUGCUCGAGGAGCCGCUGGCCAACAGCCAGGAGCCGCAGCCUACUAUCAUUGUGCUGGUGCGCAGCGGGUGGGGCCGCUACGCGUGGUCGGCGCGGCGGCGCGGCGCGGCGCGCUGCGCGGGGCGCGGCGGCGGCGCGUGCGCGCGCCCCGUGCCCAUGCUCGAGCCGCCGCCGCGCGCGCCCGCCGCCUGCCUGCCGCUGCCGCCCGCGCCGCCCUGCGCCGUUGAUUCUGCAUUCCCGACCCUGGAAGCUGUACUGCGACAACUCAAUGAUCCCGAUGCCAACGUACUGUUCAAGCUGCUGGAACAACAAGCGGCUAUCGAGAAGAGAGUGAGAGAGAGCGAAGAUAACGUGGUGCCAGAAGAGUAUGUGCCUCCGGAACCAGUGACUGAAUUCCAAACUGCAAGAAUGUUCUUAUCACACUUUGGUUACUUGAACAUCGCAGCAGACAAAAAACAGGGCGGCAGCGCGCGGCUGUGCGCGCUGGACGGCGCGGCGGCGGGGCUGGGCGCGGCGCUGCGGCGGCUGGACGCGACGGGCGCGCGCGCCGCGCUCACGGUGCACGCGCUGUGCGUGCGCGCCGGCCAGACGUGCGCGCGCGACAUCGUGGCCAACGCGCUCGCCGCCCACACCGUGCCCGCCGGCUUCGUGCGCAUGCUGCGCGGACUGGGCACACCAAUACGAGUCUCCGGUCACGCCGGUUGGACGGGCCACGUGCGCACGAGCUACGACGCGCAGCCGCACUUCACGCAACCUGAGCAUUCUCCGCCAGAAAAUUUUGCACCUGCUAUAUAUGAUGGGCGGGAACAGGUGUUAUACUGGUCGGAUGCAACUGAUGAAAUCGCGUUCGUGGUGCCGUCCGGGCGAGAGCUGAGCGAGGCUGAUGAAUUUGGCGACACCAAGUGUGACGUGGAUGGCUCCUGUUUAUCUGUCAACCGCGGGGACAGGUCGAGCGGCUCGUGCUGGGACGUGUCCGGCGGCGCGGCCGCCAGCUACGAGCGCAGCACCAGCGAGUGCGAGCGGCGCGCGCCGCGCGUGGACAAGGCGCGCGCGCUCUCGCUCGAGCUGGACCGAGCCGCGCCCGCGCCCGCCGCUCCUGCCGCACCUGCCGCACCUGCCGCACCCUCUGCACCUGCGCCGUCCGCGGCCGCCGCUUCUGCGCUCUCGGGGAGCGGAAGGAGGAAUCGAGAUUUUGCACCAAAAAUACUCAUCAUCUGGUUGGAAGAUUUCGAAGAUCAUCUCAAUUUACCAAUAGACGAUCUGUUGCGCUACUGCGAGACGGGCGUCCCGUGGCGGCGGCACGAGGUGUGGUCGAUCUGCAUCAGCGCGGUGCUGGGCGGGCUGCUGCGCGUGCUGGCGCCGCCCGCCGCCGGCGUGCUGGCCGACGGCGCGCUGCUGGCGCCGCGCCUGCUGCCCGACUGCCUGCGCCGCGCCGCCACGCACCUGGCGCGCCGCACCCGCCUCAACACCGACCUAUAUCAACCUCCGCAUGUCCGACGACGUCAUUUAAUACAAGAAAUUGCGCAACAAUACAAGAAAGAUUUAGACGAGCCACAACUGUUGGAAUCGCUAUUCAGAGCACCCUAAUCUAUGAUAUAAUAAAUUGCUUUCAGUA